AUGACCAAAUCCAACCCAAAUGAUAAAGUAACAGGAGACUCUGAAGAAGUGGAUUUAAGAGGGAAAGCAAGUGCGAAUCCAAAGUACACAUUUGUCAGAGAAGCAACUUCUGCUCCGCCAAUCUUAUAUUAUGAUUACAUAGUGAUUGGUGGAGGAACAUGCGGGUGUCCACUAGCAGCAACACUCUCACAAGGUGCUAGAGUUUUAGUCCUUGAAAGGGGAGGCUCUCCAUACACAAACCCAGAGAGAAUUAACAUAAUGAACUUUGUUAAUUCCCUCUCUGACACAAGUCCUUCAUCAUUUGCCCAACAAUUUAUAUCCAAGGACGGGGUCCUAAAUGCCCGGGCUCGUGUCUUGGGUGGUGGCUCUGUCUUGAAUGCAGGGUUCUAUUCCCGGGCUAGCUCCAGGUACAUAAAGGAAAGUGGUUGGAAUGAAACUAUGGCUAAGGACUCAUAUGAAUGGGUUGAAAACAAGGUGGUUUUUGAGCCCUCAAUGCUGCAAUGGCAAUCAGCAGUGAGGGAUGGGUUGCUUGAAGUUGGUGUGUUGCCUUACAAUGGUUUCACUUUUGAUCACUUGCCUGGGACUAAGGUUGGAGGGACAAUUUUUGAUAAGGAGGGUCACAGGCACACUGCAGCUGAUUUGUUAGAGUAUGCUGAUCCUAAGAGGAUUUCUGUUUAUCUGCAUGCCACAGUGCAGAAGAUACUAUUUAAGCAUAACAUAGAAAAAAGGAGGCCUCAAGCGUAUGGAGUUAUUUUCAAGGAUGCACUUGGAAUCAUGCAUAUAGCAUACUUAAUCUCAAAACCAAAGAACGAGAUAAUCUUAUCAGCUGGUGCAAUUGGAAGCCCACAGCUGCUGAUGCUGAGUGGGAUUGGUCCUGCUAGCCAUCUUCAGGCUCAUGGAAUCAAAGUGGUUUUGGAUCAACCCUUGGUGGGUCAAGGGCUGGCAGAUAAUCCAAUGAACGUUCUAGUAGUUCCUUCCCCGGUGCCUGUUGAAGUCUCUUUGAUCCAAACAGUGGGGAUCACUAAGUUUGGUGGCUUCAUUGAAACAGCCAGUGGAUUGAGCUUGGGCCAUUCUUGGUCCGAAAGGCUUCAAGGGAUUUUUGAAUUUGUUACAAACCAGUCUGGUCAACCUUCCACGUUUUCCCCAGAAGUCAAGGAGAGUGUUGCUGACACCAUUAGAUCUUUAGCCAAUCCAAUUCUUAAAGGAGGAGUCAUACUUGAAAAGUUUAUUGGACCAAGAUCAACGGGUCAUGUGGAGCUCAUAACCACUAAUCCCAAUGAUAACCCUUCAGUUACCUUCAACUAUUUUAAGGAUCCAGAGGACUUACGGAUGUGUGUUGAAGGCAUGAAAACCAUCAUAGAUGUGAUAAACUCCAAAGCAUUCUCAAGGUUUCGCUAUCACAACAUGCCGGUCCAAACUCUAAUAGACUUGAUGUUGCACUUACCAGUUAACUUGAGGCCAAAACAUCCCAGUGCUGCUUUUUCAUUGGAACAAUAUUGCAUCGACACUGUCCUAACAAUUUGGCAUUACCAUGGAGGAUGCCAACGUGGUAAGGUUGUUGAUCAUAAUUAUAAGGUUUCUGGUGUGGAAUCUCUGAGGGUAAUUGAUGGUUCCACUUUUAAUCGCUCACCGGGGACCAAUCCUCAAGCUUCUGUAAUGAUGCUUGGAAGGUAUAUGGGAGAAAAGAUUAUAAAGAGAAGAUUCUAUCUUGGGCGGAAGUGA